AUGUCGACGGUGAUACCCCCGCCCUCGAAGCGCCAGAAGCGCGAGACCCUCGCAAAGACCCAGACGCAGCAGGAUGUCACGGCCGUCGCCCCCGGGCUUGAGGGCUCGUUCAAGGCCCGCUUCGUCGACGGCGACGGACAGCAGCUGGCCGAGGUGAUCGAGGUGCCCCUCGCCGACGCCUCGGAGAAGAACCUCACGCUCCUCCUCAACACCCUGCAAGGCAAGGCAAGUCGCCCUCUCCUUCGAAGCAACCUCCCAAUCGCUGUUUCGCUCAUUGACAGGGAAGAAUUCCUCCCGUACAAGUUCCGAAUCCACAUCCCCGACACGGACAUCAUCGUCGACCAAUACCCCACGAACCUCCUCGAGCUCCUCCGCAGCCAUGGCGUCGCCAACCCGUUCGAGACGACCGUCACGCUCAGCGCCGAGCCCCAGGCCGUGUUCAAGGUGCAGGCCGUAACGCGCAUGGCGCACCGCAUCCCCGGCCACGGCGAGGCCAUCCUCUCGGCCCAGUUCUCUCCCGAGACGAGCAAGCGGUUAGCGACGGGCGGCGGCGACAAGACGGCCAGGAUAUGGGACACGGAGACGGGCACCCCCAAGUUCACCCUCGCGGGCCACGCCGGCUGGGUCCUCUGCGUCGCAUGGUCCGCCGACGGCCGCCGCCUGGCCACGGGCAGCAUGGACAAGACGGUCCGCCUCUGGGACCCCGACAAAGGCGUCGCCGUCGGCCAGCCGCUGACGGGCCACGCGAAAUGGGUCACCAACAUUGCCUGGGAGCCCUACCACCUCUGGCGCGACGACACCCCGCGCCUCGCCAGCGCCAGCAAGGACGCGACGGUGCGCAUCUGGGUCGUUAACACGGGCAGGACGGAGCACGUCCUGUCGGGCCACAAGAGCAGCGUCAGCUGCGUCAAGUGGGGCGGCACCGGCCUCAUCUACACGGGCAGCCACGACAAGACGGUCAAGGUCUGGGACGCCGUAAAGGGCACCCUCGUGCACACGCUCUCGUCGCACGCCCACUGGGUCAACCACCUCGCCCUGUCGACCGAGUUCGCCCUCCGGACGGGCUUCUUCGACCACACCCCGACCCCGGACACGGAGGAGGCCCGCCGGGCCAAGGCCAAGGAGCGCUUCGAGAAGGCGGCCAAGAUCCAGGGCAAGGUCGCCGAGCGCCUCGUGUCGGCCAGCGACGACUUCACAAUGUACCUCUGGGACCCGUCGCAGGGCACCAAGCCCGUGGCGCGCAUGCUGGGCCACCAGAAGCAGGUGAACCACGUCACCUUCUCGCCCGACGGCACGCUCAUCGCCAGCGCGGGCUGGGACAACCACACCAAGAUCUGGAGCGCCCGCGACGGCAAGUUCAUCAACACGCUGCGCGGCCACGUCGCCCCCGUCUACCAGUGCGCCUUCUCGGCCGACUCGCGGCUGCUCGUCACCGCGUCCAAGGACACCACGCUAAAGGUGUGGUCCAUGGCCACGUGCAAGUUGCAGGUCGACCUCCCGGGACACCAGGACGAGGUGUACGCCGUCGACUGGAGCCCGAGAGACGGCAUGCGCGUGGGCAGCGGCGGCAAGGACAAGGCUGUCCGGCUGUGGUGUCACUAG